AUGUCUGGUGACGGUAGUACUGGCAGCAGCAGCGGUGCUUGCGGCUCGUUGGACUUUCCGACUCUUAAGGAGGCGGCCACCGCCAUUCUCACGCCAGAAGAGCUGCAGAACAUGCGGCGCAACCUCACGGAGGAAAAGAUUGCGCACGCCAAGUAUUUGCGCGAGCACCCUGAGAUCGACACACUCAUGCGGCGUGCAAUGAGAAUGCUUCUCAUGGAGCGCCCAAAGGAUCCUGUGAGUUUGCUGUUAGAGUUCUUCGCCCAUCGCGACCUGAAAGCGGAGCUAGAGACAAGUGACGAGGAAGCUGAGCAUAGGGUACUUCGCGCGCAACAGUUGCAGGGCAUGACGCGUGCAUGGCCCCCGUAA